AUGUCACGGGGCUGGAGAGACACGAAGCUCCAGCUCCUGUAUGGCGCUCCAGCCCCUGCCAUGAACUUCUUGCGGUUCGCCAGGGACUUGAUGGGUGGCCCCUUGCCCUUGGUGGCGCUCACCGAGGGUGCAGUGCUCUCAGCGCAAUUGGGGCAGCAACUGGGGCUCCAAGUCCCUAGCUGCCCGGCGCUGGCGCUUUACCUGGACACCACAGGCUACCUGAACGUGGCAGAGCGGCUGCCCACGGUCUUGGUCACCCGCGCGCGGAUCUUCAACCACCCCACAGGGAUCUUCCUCCGAUCUUUGCUGCAAGAGUUCGCCAUCAUCAACCAGCCGCUGGCCGAUGCUCGCGGCCACUUUUGGUUCUCAGAGGUGCCCACGGAGGAAGGGAAUGAGAACUGGAAGAGCUGGGAGGUGCUGGUCGGGCCGGACGAAGGCAUCGACGCCCGCAUGCAGGAGAUGUCACGCUGCUCCGCCGCCUUCUUCGUACCCUCGGACAUCCAUCAGCGAAGCUUCAUCGAACUCUACCGCAUGCAGGUUCCCACCUUCAUGCCGGCCGUGGAGUGGCUGCUCCGUUGGCCGCUCUCCGCUCCCUUUGGUGCCUUCAGCUACCCAGGGGAGUUGCCGGACGAGGCGAAGUGGGCGAGCCGACGAGUGCCCAACCUUGGCCCUCGAGCUUCGACGUGCAGACCGAAAGCCCGAGGACCUUGUUCUAUUGGUAUCAGCUGUCGGACUAUGCCAACUUCCCACAUGUGGGUCAAUGCAGGUCGAUUCCCGAUGUGCUCUACCAGAUUUCCAGCACCGACUUGCCAGAAGUGGCUCAGCAGAUGCGAAGCCACUACGCGCUCCUCUCCCGUAGCGUGA